GGCAGCAUCCGGGGCUCGCCCUUUGAGGGAACCCCGACAGGGUUGCUGCCUGCCAGCCCUUAAGGAAACCAUCUCCGGGGAGGGGAGGAGAAAACGGGACUCUGCCCGCCAUGUCCCGCAGCUAGCCGCUCUGUUCCUCCCAGCGCCGGGAGCCGCGACCCCGCCCCGAAGGGGGCCGGUCCGGAGGGGGCGAGUCUCCCGGCGUAGCCAAUGCCGAAGUCCGGAGGAGGAGGAGGAGGCGGCAGCGGCGGCCGCGCAAAGCGACCCGGUACUCGCGCCGCCGCCGCCUCUCUUGAGCCGCGAUGCCUUUCGUGGAGCUGGAGACGAGCCUCCCGGCGGCGCAGCUGCCCCGCGAUCUGCCGGCCAAGCUGUGCGCCGCCGUGGCCACCAUCCUGGACAAGCCCCAGGAGCGGGUGAACGUGACGGUGCGCAGCGACGCGGCGAUGGUGCUGUCGGGGUCUGCGGCUCCAUGCGCCCAGCUGGUCGUCUCCUCCAUCGGCGUGGUGGGCACGGCCGAGCAGAACAAGGGCCACAGCGCCCGCCUCUUCGACUUCCUCACCAAGGAGCUGGGCCUCGGCCCCGACAGGAUCAACAUCCGAUUUUACCCGCUGGAACCCUGGCAGAUUGGCAAGAAUGGGACGGUCAUGACUUUCUUGUGAGUUGGCCAAAGACCCCCGAAGACCAGUGCCAACAUCCCCACCAGCUCCGGGGACCCCUCUCUUGGGGGAAGGGGAGUUACUCAUUUUCUCUUCAGACCCACUUCUCAAAAAGGUCUUUUGCUGUCCCACCACCCUUCAUUUUGCCUGAGCUCCCUCUGCCGCAGUGGGAGUUCUCUUUUACGUGUCUUUGUUUUCUCGAAAAGCCAUUGAGUCGCAUCCCAUGAACAAUUAAAAAACACGUGUUCACUU